AUCCGCAGGUGCAUCAACUACUACAACUCAUUCUCUGGAUGUUUUGGUGAAUCAGAUCAAUAGAUGCACUUGUUGCUUUAAAGGAUAUUGAUUCUUCUUGCAUGUCUCAGAUUGUACGCUAUAUUCAUGAUUAUGUCGCCCCAUCGUCAAAUCCAUCUCCCUCGGCCGUUCUGCCUAACUUCUAGCGGUCGCUCUAUCUGCGCUCAACAGAUCCUCAUCGGAUCACUCACGAUCUACUAGACAGUCCGAUCAAUCUUCGUUCUGCCUUCAUCACGCCAUGAAAGGUACAGCAAGCUUAAAUUACGCUCCCUGGUUCAAGAACCUUCACCCCCCGUUGCCCCGGACUCCCCGUCAGUCUCAACAACUCCUCAAUGCUCUUACAACCUCCUUUCGGCGUCAGCUAGAUCGGGAAUAUCCUUCUGCUUCCGUCCCCACCCCGCUCAACCAGGAUGAAGUCUCUGAGGUGCAUCUGCCGAAGAAUCCUGAGUCCUCUAGCUAUGCGACGGACAAACAUCUCCACUCAAUCUUAGAAAAUCCGCUAUUCCGAGUCCAACCCCGCAAGGAGGUCAGGGCCAAAGGUUCCGAUCGGGACUCGAGACUGGCCAAGGAGCCUAUGGUGGUUUUUGAAGAGCUGGCCGCUGCAGGCAAUGUCACUUUAUCUGCCUUGAAUAAUUGUCUGGUGUCUCAGCUAUUGCUAUUGAGUGAUCACAAAUCGGGCGAGCAAUUUGUCAAGGCAAUGAGGGACUCUAGGACGGCAUCAAGAAUUGCUAGUUGGUGGUCCGCCUCCGACCUGAACACAAGAGGGUUGUUGUUCCAUCCUUCAAUAACGCCUCAUAUCACGAAGUUCUUGGUUGCCGAAAAUAUGCAAAGCGUGGCUCUGACCUGGCUGAAGUUGCUAGCGCAGCGAGAUAUACUUGGAGGCGAGGGUUCUCGACUCAAAAGGAAAGAUUCACGGAUAGGGUUUGGUGGACUUCUGAAUGACCUAGUGCUUGCCGAGGCUCGGUAUGGGGGAGGGAUAGAGUCUGCAAUGCGACUUUACGUUUCCGCGGGUCAACUCACUACGAGCGACCGAAUACCGAUUAUAAAAAACGAGUACUGGAAUGCAACUCUCCUCUCUGCUGGGGGCCAUUUGGGCCAGCUAAUCAUACAGAAUGAACCGGACCAUGCUAGUGGCGUUGGGCAGAUUCUCUAUGAGAAUUAUUUACAGAUGAUCAACACCGUGGCUGCCAACUCAUUGCUUCAUGCCUGUGUGUGCAUGCACCAUCCCACGAAGCCGAAUGCUAGGCCAUAUGUUUUGUAUGUUCAAGCUCUUCCAGAGGGUCGGACCGCAUCUUGGUCAAAGCUGAGACGGGAUCAUUACAUGCGUGCGGGCUUCACUGCCCUUCGUAUCUUGCUCGAUCAAAACGACUCAGAAUAUGCUACAUGGUUGGCAAAGUACAUGCAGGAUACCAUAUCCCAACAUCUCGACCCAGAGGAUGUACAAUCGGCUCAAUACGAGUUGGCACGCCUUGAGCCUGCUUAGUUGCUUUCCACCAAGGCUAGUGACUCUAUCCAGGAAGACUUCUGACGCCUGAUGAAGACUUAAGCACUCAGUCGUGCAGAACAUUGGUCGUUAUGCUGGCUACUGACCUUAGGUCAUGAGAUGCUAUGCCCAGAAAAUUUUGCUCAUCAAGUCCAUGCUUCCAGCUACACGAGACCGGCACGUACAAACAUAAUGACUGAGCCCUCUGAGGGAGCGAAU